GUGCAUACUCUGAGGUCUGUGGACAACUUGUUUGUUGUGGUUGAAGAGUAUGACAACUAUCAGUUUAAAGACUCAAAGGUAUGUCUCUUUUUAUUACAGCACAGCCAAUAAGGAACCUGAAUUCAUACAGCUCUUACACUUUCAUUUAAACUAUAACAUUCACGUUGGUAAUGAAAGACCAGUCCCCUACACUUUAUAACGUGCCUCUCCCUCUCAGGGUAUUUGAUAGAAACAUUACCAGUUCUGUCCAACAGGAUGAGACAUUGGAGGACUUGCAGAAGCUGGCCUCCAAGCUGCCAUGGACCAAUGCAUUGAAGGUCUGGAAACUGAACACCUCUCUGAAGAAGAAGAGGGGACCCCAUAGACGGUCCCAAUGGGAGAGUAGGGAGAGAUAGAGACCGAGGCAAAGCCAACAAAGCCGUUGUGGAGAGGGACGCCGUGGAGACUGUCACCACGGAGACAGAGAAGCUGGAGCUUGAGGCACCUACUGCAGGCCAGGGCGUGGGGGCGAGGGGAGGCCGGGUCACCUGACCUGGAGAACAGCCCCCAGAAUGCGCAGCAGACGGUGGAGGGGCAGGAGCCAGAGGGGCAGGAGCCCAGGGCGAAGGUUCUGAAGUUAUGUGUGACGUGCAGCAGAGCAGGAGACAAACACAGCUUCUCCCCAAACGAGACCACCAGGGACUUUGGUGGCGCCGUGCAAGACUUCUUCCAGUGGAAAGCGGACAUGAUCAAGUUUGAUAUCGAGGGUAAACAUAACAUAACAUUGCAGCCUGUUCCAACGGGACUGGCACCCACUGAAUUCCUCUGCCCUAGCCAAAAGAAACCCUCUUGCUCACAUGCUUGUCAAGAUAAGCCUGUGAGACACAUAACUCUUGAAUUGAUUACGUUAAAAAGAAAACAAAGAGGGAAGGAAUAACAGUUCUGAGUAUAAAUAUUUUCCAUCUAAAUAAAUAGGUAUGGUCACGUAAUUUAUUGGGUAAAAAAACACCCAACGUUUCGGCACAGUGAUGCCGAGACUGGUGUUUAUUUACCCAAUAAAUUACUGGGAGGUUAUACAUAUGGAGUGUGCGACUCUCUUUGUUUUUAUAUCUUCAAAUCAAAUCAAAUUUUAUUGGUCACAUGCGCCGAAUACAACAGGUGCAGACAUUACAGUGAAAUGCUUACUUACAGCCCUUAACCAACAGUGCAUUUAUUUUAAACAAAAAAAGUAAGAAUAAAACAACAACAAAAAAAGUGUUGAGAAAAAAAGAGCAGAAGUAAAAUAAAGUGACAGUAGGGAGGCUAUAUAUACAGUAAAAUAAAGUGACAGUAGGGAGGCUAUAUAUACAGGGGGGUACCGUUGCAGAGUCAAUGUGCGGGGGCACCGGCUAGUUGAGGUAGUUGAGGUAAUAUGUACAUGUGGGUAGAGUUAAAGUGACUAUGCAUAAGUACUUACUUAACAGAGUAGCAGCAGCGUAAAAAGGAUGGGGUGGGGGGGCAGUGCAAAUAGUCCGGGUAGCCAUGAUUAGCUGUUCAGGAGUCUUAUGGCUUGGGGGUAGAAGCUGUUGAGAAGUCUUUUGGACCUAGACUUGGCACUCCGGUACCGCUUGCCGUGCGGUAGCAGAGAGAACAGUCUAUGACUAGGGUGGCUGGAGUCUUUGACAAUUUUGAGGGCCUUCCUCUGACACCUCUUACAGUUUAUUCACCGUUAGUCAGCACCUCUACACUAAAUAAUUUUCUCUGGGUGUGCACCAGCUCAUGCUUUUUAUUACACGUAAUGUGAUGUAAAAUCAAAUGACUCAAGUUUCUGGUCAUUGAAAUGGGUGAUGAGUGUGUUUCCAUUAUAUUUUCUGUGUGUGUGUUACCAGGUCCUGCUGAACAUCAAUAAUGUUGAGGUAGUGAUUGGCAUUGCCCUGGCAGAGGAGUCUCCACAGAAGAAACAUCACCCACUUUGGACCCACCACGCUGCGCUCCACCCUGUGCUAUGGCAUGCUCAGGUCUCCUACUCUCCCUCCAUUCACAAUCAUUACAGUCAAGCUAAACACACAAAGUUCUCUCUACCUCAUGCUGGCACUGUGAUAAUGCAUGGGUGCAAUACAGAUUGGGAUAAAGGGACCCCAUUAUGUGAUUUCUUGAUGCAACCUGUUUUGAUAUACACACAAUAUAUACAGUAGUGCUUCAUGUAAAGUAUGUUUCCUCUAAUUGAUUCAUAUAUGUGAAAAUCAUAUUUGGCAUAAAGACAAAUGUGAUAUUUGUGAGUCUCUCUCAUUGUACAGACUCCGUAAGCCUCAGGCACCUGAUGUUAUACUUGAUCCCAUGUGUGGAACUGGAGCUAUACCUUUGGAGGUAAGACGGAGAAUCACAUAAUGUUUUGAAAAAAAUCAAAUUUGACUACGGUAACUGACUUUGCCUUCCAUGAAGUAGUAAUCAGAUAGUAUAGCCUACUGAGUAAUUGAAUGUCUCUACCAGGGAGCCAUUGAAUGGCAGCACGCGUUUCUACCUGGCCGGAGACAACCAUGACAUGGCAGUGAGCCGCACAGUCAACAACAUCUGUCACAUCCAGAAGAAGAGACAAGGGCAGGUGAGACAGCAAAUCAAACCAUACAUAAGUGACUUCAUGUGAAUAGUCACCCCUCACAACAUAGAAAAUGAUGGCUUUGAUGUUGGAUCAUGCAAGACAAAGUGAUGAGAUCCCUUUGAUCGUUAGUUGUGUUAAAUCUACAGUGCAUUCGGAAAGUAUUCAGACCACUUUACUUUUUCCACAUUUUGUUACGUUAAAGCCUUAAUUCUAAAAUUGAUUUAAUCGUUUUUCCCCAUCUAUCUACACACAAUACCCCAUAAUGACAAAGCAAAAUGGUUUUUAGACGUUUGCUAAUUUAUUUACGGAAAUAUAACAUUUACAUAAGUAUGCAGACCUUUGCUAUGAGACUCGAAAUUGAGCUCAGGUGCAUCCUGUUUCCAUUGAUCAACCUUAAGAUGUUUCUACAACUUGAUUGGAGUCCAUCUGUGGUAAAUUAAAUUGACUGGACAUGAUUUGGAAAGGCACACAUCUGUCUAUAUAAGGUCCCACAGUUGACAGUGCAUGUCAGAGCAAAAACCAAGCCAUGAGGUCAAAGGAAUUGUCCGUAGAGCUCAGAGACAGGAUUGUAUCGAGGCACAGAUCUGGGGAAGGGUACCAAAACAUUUCUGCAGCAUUGAAGGUCCCCAACAACACAGUGACCUCCAUCAUUCUUAAAUGGAAGAAGUUUGGAACCACCAAGACUCUACCUAGAGCUGGCCGCCUGGCCAAACCUUACAAAGCUCCAGAGUUCCUCUGUGGAGAUGGGAGAACCUUUCAGAAGGACAACCAUCUCUGCAGCACUCCACCAAUCAGGCCUUAAUGGUAGAGUGGCCAGACGGAAGCCACUCCUCAGUAAAAGGCACAUGACAGCCCGCUUGGAGUUUGCCAAAAGGCACCUAAAGGACUCUCAGACCAUGAGAAACAAGAUUCUCUGGUCUGAUGAAACAAAGAUUGAACUCUUUGGCCUGAAUGCCAAGCGUCACGUCUGGAGGAAACCUGGCACCAUCCCUACGGUGAAGCAUGGUGGUGGCAGCAUCAUGCUGUGGGGAUGUUUUUCAGCAGCAGGGACUGGGAGACUAGUCAGGAUCGAGGGAAAGAUGAACGGAGCACAGUACAGAGAGAUCCUUGAUUAAAACCUGCUCCACAGCGCUCAGGACCUCAGACUGGGAUGAAGGUUCACCUUCCAACAGGACAACAACCCUAAGCACACAACCAAGACAACGCAGAAGUGGCUUUGGAACAAGUCUCUGAAUGUCCUUGAGUGGCCCAGCCAGAGCCCGGACUUGAACCCAAUCGAGCAUCUCUGGAGAGACCUGAAAAUAGCUGUACAGCGACGCUCCCCAUCCAACCUGACAGUGCUUGAGAGGAUCUGCAGAGAAGAAUGAGAGAAACUGCCCAAAUACAGGUGUGCCAAGCUUGUAGUGUCAUACCCAAGAAGACUCAAGGCUGUAAUCACUGCCAAAGUUGCUUCAACAAAGUAUUGAGUAAAGGGUCUGAAUACUUAUGUAAAUGUGAUAUUUACUUUUUUUUAUUUUGAAUACAUUUGCAAACAUUUCUAAAAACCUGUUUUUGCUUUGUCAUUAUGGGGUAUUGUGUGUAGGUUGACGAGGGGGAAAAAAACAAUUUGAUCAAUUUUAGUAUAAGGCUGUAACGUAACAAAAUGUGGAAAAAUCAAGGGGUCUUAAUACUUUCCGAAUGCACAGUAUAAACUCCCCAACCCUGCAGUACACCCAGGCUGCCCAUAGACACGGUGCAGUGGGACCUGUGUCAUCUGCCCAUGAGAACCAGCUCAGUGGACAUCAUUAUCACUGACAUGCCCUUUGGGAAGAGGUAG